AUGAUGGAGCGCCAGGAUAGCGCCGCGUCGCGGUCACGGCGCGCGCCCCCCCAAGCGCCCAACCAUCCUGCACACGCCACUGUUGAUCCACUCGCUACGAAAUACCCCACGCAGGCCGCUGCGCUCUUUCAAACGUUCGUCGACCUGCACUAUGCCGCGUCGUGGCGCGAUAUGCACGUCUUUGAUAUUGUGCGUGACGAGAAUAGCGACACCCAAGUCUUUGGCGCGCACGGCUGGGCGCUCCUCUAUGGCAUCGCACCGAAUUCCGACACCCCCCAAGCCGUGCUCCCCAUGUCCGUCGAGCAGUCGUUCGACACGGCAAUGUUUUCGUCCGUCUUUGCCCACCUUCCCCCGGGCGUUGCGACGACACAUAUUCUCCUCGCAAUGCUCUCGAAUGACUCCACGGUCGUGUACUAUAAGCUGUCGAGUGGCCUGGUCAAGCCUGUGAACUAG